CAAACAAGGCUUUCCAGCAAUACAUCCAAUUCAACCAAUCUUCUCAUACCACCACCUCCAAACAUCAUCAUGCCUCUUACUACUCCGCUGAACGGCCUUUACCGGUCCUUCAAGGCCAGACAUCUUGGCAAGGUUAACCACGACGAAUAUAUCAAGACUGCGGAUGACUCCUCGUCCAUCCUCAGUGAUGCGACCACGGUGGCUCCUCGAGAAAAGCCCCAGGCUGGAAAGACGGCUUCUCAACAGACCCCGGACAGCAUGGACUACGGAUCUACUCGAUACGGUAUGCGAGGAAUGUCCACGCGCGCAUGAGUGCUGCUGCUCCCACCCUUACGACGAAAAUGACCACUUCAAAACUACAAUGGCUGCGCGAGGGAUACAUGGGACUUUGGGAUUCAUCUAAUACUUAAUGGGGUUGUAAUAUAGAAGGAAUUGCUUAAUUUGACGCGUUAUCAUUUAGAACCACU